ACAGUCAUUGUGUUCUGCCGGUCAGCCCCAUUGUCUGUGUGUGGUGGGGGGAAUGGUGGACAAUGUCGCCUAUCUCUCUGUCCAAACCAUGAUCCAACACUGCUAUUGUGACCCGUCUUUUUUCCCUAAGACAAGAUGGUGUUCCCGUGUGAUGAUAUAAGGAGGAGGUGGAGGAGGAGGGGUCCUCUGUUCUGCCUGGCACUAAGGAAGAGAAUAUGAAGAUUAGUAAUCUGUGACACCAGUACAGUCACUGUGGUGAUCAUGAGCCGGCAUGUGGACAGGGGACGUACACAACACCCGGCCAGGAUGUCAACAACAUCAUCACUUCUCUACUUACAGUGAGUAUUACUCAGUGGAAGUCCCUGCUCCUCUACGGCUGGGGUCCCUGCUGUUUUUCUGCCUCCAGAGUGGAGUCAGGAUUCUGAGUUUCAUCCCUGAGACUACUUCAUUAUUGGAAAACUUUCCUUGAAGCUGGAUUAUUUCUACGUGAAACACCAUCUCUUCUACAUAAUGGAGCAACAAGACCAACCAACUGUAGGAUCUUCUAAACAAACUACUGUAAUGCUUUGACUAAGGUCGCGUGAUGGGAUGCAGAUGGAUGGACAGCAACAGAUGACACUCAUCUAACACCAGGUCUGCUUUUGGGCUGGCUGAGCUGUGACAUGCAGGCCUUCUACCAGCCCCGCCACGCCAUCCGUCACCCCUCAGGUCUCUACCUGGACCCCACCCUGAUGCAGCGACGCGUCCUGGAAGAUCAAGUGGAGCUGUGGUGGUCCAGAGAGCCACGCCGCUCCCUGCUGUGCUACUGCGCCUCCGUGGCCCUCAUAGUGGGCCUGGGCCUCGGCGGCGUGGGCCUCCUCUCCACCACCACCAGCCUGUCCGGGGAGUGGCGCCUCGGGGUGGGCACCACCCUCUGCCUCUUGGCCCUGGCCGUUCUGCUCAAGCAGCUUCUCAGCUCUGCCAUCCAGGACAUGAACUGCGUGCGCAGCUGGCGUCGGAUCGACCAGCUGAAGAGCGGUGGGAGGGCCGACCCGGCGCUGAUGUUAGCCGUGGGGCUGGCGGUGAUGCUCUGUGGGACGGUGCUUCUCUGCGUGGCCACAGUCGGGAGCAAAGGUCACGACAGCAAGGAGAUGAUGGUGUCCGGCUUGGUGCUGAUGGCUGCUGGGACAGGCAUGGCUCUGGCUGUGGUGGGCUACGGCGUGCUCAUCCUCCUUAGAAGAAGAAGGGAGCAGAGGAGGAGGAUGAUGAUGAGGAUGAGCAGAGCGAGGAGGCUGGGGAGUCAAACCAUCAGGGUGUUCAGUGUCUCAGGAGGACAGAGUAGCCAGGCCAGGAGAGAGACGUCCUCCAGCAGGACCAGCCUGAUAUGAAUGGACUAAAUGAGCAAAACCACUCAGAGGAAAACGGUCAAAGAGUCUGUGGAAGGAAAGAUUUGAAUAAAUUUGUCUAGCAGAUGUACAAAAAGGAAACAUAGAGAUGAAUUUAGGAGAGCAGCUUUAGUCUGAGUUCUUUUGUUCCCAUUCACAUAAAAUUGACUUGUGUUGAACAUUAUCAAAAGAAUACCUGUAGGUAGUUUGUAAAAGAAAGACAGGCUGCUGCACCGCAUGCUCUCUACAACGGCUCAAUCAAUAUCAUCUUCUGCUUUGUUUUGACUGUUUAAAUACACCAUUUUGAGACAUUUUAGUAAUUAUGGUUGAAAAGAAAGACUCAGUAUGAGUAAGUGGUCACAUCAAUUCAAAACAUCCCUAUUUAAAAUAGAAGAAAGGCUCAAGGCACUCCUCUGGCAAACAGUUUAAAAAGCUUUAAUGGUGCCAUUAGUACUGGUUUUUCUUUUUAUUUCUUUUCUUUUUAAGUUUUAUUUAAUUUACUCAUUUAUUUUGUGUGUGUGUAUGGGGGGGGGGUA